GCAAGCUCAGGGAGCUGUGGAAAUGGAACAUAGUAAAGAUGCAUCAGAUCUACAAGGAGAUAUGGACACAUGCAGUGGCAGCGAUUGUGGGGAGUUGGGUGCUGAAGGAGGGCUAGCAUUUAAGAUUGAUAGAGAAGGAGUUAUCAAAGGACAAAUGAAAGAAGAUGAAAAAGGCAAUGAUGCACACUCUGGAAAAGAUGAUGUAGUUCUCUCUGACCUGGCUAUGCAUCUCCUACCUGAAAAUUUAACACCACUGGGCCUCCGCUUAGGGUUAUCCAACAUUAUCAUCAACCAAAUUCGAUUUAAUAACCCUUUGAGCAUAGGUAAUGCUAUCUACCAGGUGCUUCAGGAAUGGAAAGGAAUUAUAUGUGCUGGAUGCUUGACUGAGGAACAUUUUAAGACGCUGGAACAAUGUCUCCGGAAGAUUGGGCAUGAGGAUGCAGCUGACUGGCUGAUAGAGAGAUUGCAUAAGUCUACAGACCAACUUGGGCAGCCUUCCCCAUCUCCUGGCCAACUUGUGCAGCCUGCUUCCUCAGACUCACAGUAAG